AUGAUUUCUCUUUCUAAGAGUAAAGAAGUUGAAUUUCAUAUUUUAGCUGAUAUUGUGGUAGAGAAGCUUAAUCAAACAAAAUCUAUUGAACAAGUUAUUUGGAGAGAAAUUAAAUCACUUGGAAAAAUAGUUAUUCCAAAGAAGGAGGCUCCUUUCAAAUCUACUGUUAGAACUGUCACACUAAGUACAAUAUAUGGAGGCAAUCCACUUGUAAUGUCGGAAAUGAUGGGUUGUGAUUUUUCUCAUGAAUAUGUGAAAGAAGGAAACCGUUUUGUAUCUAAAACUGGAUAUUUUGUAGACGUAUUUGUUGUGAAAAAAGUGAAAAAGAGAGCUAAUGUUACAACAAAUUUUGAUAAAAAUCAACCAGAGCCUUUUGAAAUACUCGAUGCAGGAUUAUUAGCAGUUGAAGCAUAUUCUUAUGCUCCACAAUCUCAGGAUGCGAUCUAUAUUAUGGAAAAAGAAUUAUUAACACUUGCAGAUUCACUGGCUAAUAUUGAAGUGUAUUUAUUUAAGGAUAAUUAA